UAUAUAUAAAUAUAAGUAUACAUAUAUUUAUGUAACUGAUCCUUGCCAAAUGUUUGUUUUCGUUGCAUUUGAAUGUAACACACCAUGAAAACUUACUCAAAUUAAGGAAUCAUUUUCAUAGAGAAGCAAUAUUUGAACCUCUUACUUACAGGUCUGAUAGACGUUGAAACAUAAUAUCGAAAACAAUGACUUAUAUACAUGCAUGAUAAAAUCAUAAAAUGAUAACUUUUCGCUAGCCGUGUUAGUUUUUAACAGAUGGCCUAUGGCUUGGAUAAGAACUAAGCACUCGUCCAUUUGAAUAUCAUUCUGGCCAGCCUACUUGAUCUCAUUUUUAACUCAAACGUUGACCUGUAGGAAUCGAUGCUCGAGUUUCAAAAGUUAUGAUGCAAUAACUGACCAAAGUUAUGAUGCCAAGACACUGCUUUUUCACGGACUAAAGAAUGACAUAAAACUGCAAAAUACGUUCAUCUCAAGAAGGAACACUGCUGUACUAUUCAUUUCUGGCCCAGCUUGUUACUUCGCAUUAUCCCUAUCAAACCAACUGCUAUGCUUAAAAAAAUGGCUGACCCUUGACAUGAAUAAAAACCACUGGAUCACCAAGAGAUUGUCGUUUUCACACGGACUUUUGUUCAGUGUUAAACGCGAUGAACCUUGGAAUCUUAGAUAAAUUCUGUGUGCACUAACUUUUGAUUAAAAGCCACAGAGCCGGCUAGUAGUCAAUCGCAAUAAUCUUCGCUUUAAGCACAACGUCGCGCGAAAUGAAGAUGAGUGCCAAACUCUUCAUCCUUAAUAUGAUUUUAAUACUAACUGUGGCUGAUUGUCGUAAAUUCAAGAUAAGGCGGUUACCAUCUGGCAGUCUCUUGCCCUCGAUGCAGUACCCUGGCGUUCAAAGGUAUAUCGGUAUAUUCGGAAUCAAAAUAGUUUCGCGACAACCUGUCUGUGAUAAUAGCCUCCAACACGCAGCUAAUAUACUGGCUCAAUUGAUCGAUUGCGAUGAAGACGGUGCACCGGACGAUACUACCGUUGUAACAAACCUGAGACAACUAAAGGCAACACUUAUUCUAUCUCAAGACGGUGUGAAAGAAGAACCAAAAAAUGAAUCAGAUAGUCACAAAAUAGUCAUCAAAAAAUGUAAAUCUCAAGACAACCAACGAAUUAUAUUGACAUCUAUGCUGAGAUACUUGACUAUAUUUGGAAUCAUUCCGGCCUACCAAGGGACACUUGGAGCGCAGAGGCAAUCGUUCUUACGACAAAAUUUGAACAUAAUUGUUGGUGAUUGCGGCUAUGCAUUUGAUGGCACGUUGAAAUGGCCUCAGUGCACUGGACAUGUUUUCUACAACGAGACUUCGUGUGACAUGCAGUGUAUGGCAAGAGAAUAUCUUAUCGAAUUAAUUAAAACAAUUCUUGGGCUAGCGCCGAUAAGCUCUGAAGAAGGCAAAGGAUUCUGGGAUAUUCGCAAUAAGACCGACUUAAUGUUGUAUGAUUCACGAGGAUACAGUUUGAUAAAACAGGUUCUUCCAUGGCUGCCCAAGAAGAAACCGAAUGGUAACUAUAAACCGGGACGAUACGGCUUCAAAAUGGCUUGGUACAAUGGUAUUCCAAUAAAAGACAAAAAGAAGAAUAGUUCGUGGAGAAACAUAAAAAGACAAUUAAUAGAGAUAGCCGUGUCUUAG